AUGACAACCAAUUCAUUCGGCGGACCUCUUCCUCCCUUCGAUUUCCCGGCUCAACCAGCCCCAGCCGUCUCGCGCAUGGCACGCGUCUCCAAAGCCCUUCCAAUAGUACUCGUCACUGCCUCAGUAGUUGCUGUCGCUGUCAAGACUAGCCAAGAGCCUAACGCGUUUAGACGUCCUUCAGUGGCUCAAGAUUUAGUACCUCAGGGGCAGGGCAUCGUCGAUAAGAGGAAUGUUGAAGUGGGGUUGGGGCCGAAUGAAUAG